AUGAUUCAUAUCCCUGGUAUCCGUCACAAAGCCGCCGAUGCGAUCUCCCGCCACCCCACAGGUCCAGAGAACCCCACCAUGCUUUACCUCGAGGACGACAUAGCAGAGUUAAAGGACACUACCAUACACACCGGCUUUGACGAAACCAUCGCUUCACUCGCUUCUCUAGCACUUACAAACGUCGCCACAACCUGGGACAGGGUACGCAUGGCAACUGCAAGCGACACCACUAUGCACGAUCUCAUGAAUGUCAUUGAAUCUGGCUUUCCAGCUUCACGUAAUGACCUGCCGACACCAUUACAAGAAUACUACCAGUUCCGCCACAGCCUCUACACAGUGGACGGCGUCAUCAUUUACAGAGAUCGUGUGGUUAUCCCACCACUGUUACGCAAAAAUAUCCUGGAAGUUCUACACUCGGCACACCAGGACAUAUCAUCUAUGACAUCCCGCGCAGAGGACUCAGUCUUCUGGCCGGGAAUCACCUCAGAUAUUGCAGCAAUGCGUACGCAAUGCAACCACUGCAACCGGAUGGCACCAUCCCAACCCAGCGCACCACCCACACCAACCAUCUCACCAGCCUACCCCUUUCAGUGCAUCUGUGCGGAUUAUUUCCACUACAAAGGAUCCAACUAUCUCGUAAUCGUAGACCGUUACUCUAACUGGCCUAUUAUCGAACGAGCCAAAGACGGUUGCGUCGGACUAAUCAAAUGCCUACGUCGCGUCUUCACCACCUUUGGGAUCCCAGACGAAUGCGCUACUGACGGCGGACCAGAAUUCACCGCCGUCAAAACACGGCAGUUCCUCAAACAAUGGGGAGUACACCACCGCCUCGCCUCCGUUGCAUUCCUGCACUCAAAUUACCGCGCGGAGGUUGCCGUUAAAACUGUGAAACGCCUCAUCACGAACAAUACCGGCCCCACUGGUAGCCUCAACACAAACGCCUUACAAAUUGCUGUUCUACAAUAUCAUAACACGCCUGAUACCGAUACGAAAUUAUCACCGGCCCAAUGCGUCUUCGGUAGACCCAUUAAGGAUUUCAUACCAAUUUUCCCCGGCCGUUAUAGGCCACACAUGACCUGGAGGGAAACACUCAAUGCUCGCGAGGAGGCUUUACGAAACCGGCACAUGAGAGCGGCGGAACGUUGGUCAGAACACACAAGAAGAUUGCCACCUCUGUCCAUUGGACAUCACGUAAGAAUACAGAACCAAACAGGACCGUACCCUGCGAAAUGGGACAAGACUGGAACAGUCAUCGAAGUCCUUCAACACGAUCAAUACCGCGUCAAAGUCGACGGGUCCAACAGAAUUACACUAAGAAACAGAAAAUUUCUCCGGCAAUUCACACCUGUACAAGAGCAUUUACCCAAAUAUACUACUGAUACGGACCUGCUGCUGAUACCAAAAGUCUCAACGGAGAACCUUACUCCCAACAAAAUGACAGCCAGCAGAAAACAAACACCGUCAUUACCAUGUCUAAGACCGGCGACACAGACUGAUACCCCGAAGCCAGCACCACUACCGAGCACAGAUACCGCAGAUGGAACUUCACCACACGCAACCAAAAUACCUGAAGAUGCCAGUGAACCUACAACAGCGACCACAAAGCCAAGCAAGAAAGCACCACUAGCUCUACGCAGAUUACUCGAUUUCAACAAGAAAAGGCUGUUAGAAAAUUGA